CUCACCUGCCGUCCGCUAUGUACCUCAUUAAUGCUUCUCUUCUGGAUCCUUGUCCAUGUCCGCGAUCACAUGGGAAUUCCUCCACCAAAACGAAAAUAACCUUAGAAUAUGAUGAAGUCAUUCCUCGCCCGUGAUCAAAUCUCCGGGACACUUAAAAGCUCCUCGAAGUCUUGGUUUAUAGGCGCCGCUCUUCACGGUUGGCUCGCACGAUGUCUUACGAUAGUCGUCAUUCCUCUCCAAAAUUAGGCGGCACGUCUCGGAAGUGGACGACAUACUUGCUCGUUGGCAUUGCGUCUUGUAUCUUGACAUUUGUAUGGGCAUCCCCUCGCUCAGCUCUACCUCUCGCUCCGGCCUCCCGCAUCUCUCAAUUCUCGGACCUCGUUGCUCGCGGGCCCGUAGAGUCUACUUCCUCUCCUCGAAGAUCUGAGCAGCGAACGCACGUCACGGAAGCGGUAGAGGCUAAUCCUCAAGCCUCAUUUACGACGAAUAACCUCACUGAUCAAGUUGGCUGGGACGAGUAUAGCCUAUUUCUGAGAGGCCAACGCAUCAUACUUUACUCCGGCGAGUUCCAUACAUUCCGGUUGCCAGUUCCGUCCCUUUGGCCCGACAUUUUGCAGAAGAUCAAGGCAGCCGGUCUUAACGGAAUCUCGCUCUAUACUCAUUGGGCAUUGAUCAACCCUGCUCCCGGUGUCAUCGACUUCGACUCCUUCCGUGCACUCCAACCACUAUAUGACGCUGCCAGAGAAGCGGGUAUCUGGGUGGUACUCAGGCCAGGGCCUUAUAUCAAUGCUGAGACUACAGCGGGUGGAAUUGCUCAUUGGGCAACGAGCACCGUGGCUGGCACUUUGAGAACAAACGCUACCGACUACGAGGCUGCAUGGCAGGACUACAUUGAUGGAAUCAUCAACCAGACGGUGUCAAACCAGAUCACGGAAGGUGGACCGGUCAUCGCUGUCCAAAUCGACAACGAGUACUUCCAGUCAGGUUUUGGCAACCAAGAGUACUUCCAGGAGCUUGAAGAUGCGUAUACCGGCAACUCUAUAGUUGUCCCGCUCACCUAUAACGAUCCUGGAGAGGGAAAGAACUUCGUAAACGGAACGGGGUCUGUCAACAUCUACGGCUUGGACAGCUAUCCCCAAGGAUUUGACUGCUCUAAUCCUGAGACUUGGGCUGGAGUUGUGACGAACUACCACGACUAUCACGAAGGUACAAAUCCCAGCGAGCCUUUCUACUUGCCCGAGUUCCAAGGAGGAGCUUUCGAUGCGUGGGGACCUAACGCACCUGGAUAUCCGAAUUGCAGGGUUCUGACCGGAGCAGACUUCGAGUCGGUAUUCUAUCGUACACUCUGGGCGGCUAAUGCGAAGAUGAUGAGCUUCUAUAUGGUCUACGGCGGAACCUCGUGGGGCGCUAUCCCUUUCCCGGGAGUCUAUACUUCAUACGACUACGGCGCAUCAAUUAUGGAAAAUCGUGAACUUACUCCGAAAUUCGACGAACUAAAACUCCAAGGACUUUUCCUCAGAAGCUCGCCUGAGUUCUACAAGACGGACUGGUUCGGUAAUAGCAGUACUGACGCGGUUACCGUGUCAAAUCCCGCUGCCUUCGUCGUUAAACUUCAGAAUCCUGACACUGGGAGCGGAUUCUACAUCGCAAGACAGACCGAUUCAACGUCGACUAACGUCACGGAUUUCUCGCUGACUGUGAACACGAGUGAGGGGAAUUUAACUCUUCCUCAAGUCGCGUCCAGUAUCACCCUCGACGGUCGUCAAUCCAAGGUCGUCGUCACCGACUACACUUUCGGCGCCAAUUCUACCGUCAUAUACUCAACCGCCCAAAUCAUCUUUGCGGGUACAAUCGGCGAGCGAGACGUGCUCUUCCUCUACGGCGACUCCGAUCAGGAACACGAAGCCUCCAUCAUGUUUGACGGAGAGCCAACCAUCCAAUCGAACUCGUUCCUGGUCACCUUCACUUCCUCCAACUCCUCAAGUGCCACAACUGUUGCCUUCUCUCAGGGUAUUGACGGACUGAUCACGGUCUUCGACUCGGAAAGUCAACUGGUCCUGUUUGCUGACUCUCUGACUGCUACGACAUUCUGGGCUCCCGUCAUUCCUGGUGAAUCUAGCGACCCGCUCGCAAACUUCUGGCAGAUAGGGUCCAAUGACACAGUACUCGUCGGUGGGCCACACCUCGUCCGCAACGCAUCGAUCUCGUCGACCGGUUCUCUUGACCUCCAUGGGGACCUCAACAGCACCGUCACGCUCACUAUUAUUGGGCCGUCCAAUGUAACUUCCGUGACCUGGAACGGAGUCAGCGUUGAUAACGAUGCGAGUGCUGCGAGUGCAAUCACGAGCGUGGGAGGAUUCGUCGGCAGUUUGACAGUGUCGAAUGCGAGUGAUAUUGUGGCGCCGGUGUUAGAGGGGUGGAAGUUUAUGGACAGCCUGCCCGAGGUUACGCAGGGUGUUGACUUUGAUGAUAGCAAUUUCACGAUUGCGAACCAUACUACGACCGUAAUACCGUUCCCGAUGAACUACGGUGAUGGCAGGAUUCUUUAUGGAUGCGACUAUGGUUUCUGCGAGAACGUUGUUAUCUGGAGAGGUCACUUCAACGCCACUGGCGCCGAAAAGUCUGUUAAUCUGUCUAUCAACGGCGGCGAAGCCUUUGCUGCCAGUGUCUUCUUGAAUGACCAGUUCCUGAACACCACAUUUGGAAAUUCCACAAACGACGCAAAUUCUAUUGAUGAGACAGACCAGGUGUACACUUUCCCUGACGGAUCCUUGGUCGUCGGACAGGACAAUGUUAUUACCGUUAUUCAGGAUAAUAUGGGCCACGACGAAGCUGGGGACACUGAAAAUUUCCCCAAGUCUCCCCGAGGCGUGCGCGGUUUCCAGUUGAACACCGGCAAUUUCUCGACGUGGAAGCUUCAAGGGAAAGUUGGAGGAUAUACUGGCUAUCCGGACAAGUUCCGUGGCGUUCUAAACGAAGGUGGUCUUUUCGGUGAACGGCAGGGGUGGCACCUUCCGGGCUUCGACACGUCCUCUUGGACAUUGAGAGAUCUCUCCUCUGGCCUGCUUAACGACACUGCUGGCGUCGGAUUCUUCGUGACGACUUUCGCUCUGAGUAUGCCUGCGGGCUUCGACGUCAUGAUGUCCUUCAACUUUGGGGAUGUGGCAGGGAAUGAUGGGCAGCCGUACAGGGCGUUGUUGUUUGUAAACGGUUGGCAGAUGGGUAAAAGGGUCGGAAAUCUUGGCCCUCAAGCCAAAUUCCCUGUCCACCAAGGCAUCCUCGACUACAAUGGCACCAACACCAUUGCCAUCGCGCUAUGGGCCAUGGAGUCCGUCGCUAUCUCACCACAGUUGAACGUCACUAUCGAUACCAUUCUGGAAGGUGGCGUUGGAGGAGUUGUAGCAAACAACCCUGCGUGGUCUCCGGAAGGGAGAGCAUGAAGUGACUUUCCACAAUCAGCGUGUAAGAAUACAUGGAUAUCAUUUAUUUUGUACACGGGCUUGUCUCUCUGUAUCUCGUAACAAAUUUGAACACUCAAUCAGUCAUUUGGUUGUGUCGUGUGAGGCCAUCCGAGCCGAGUUCCC